AUGCCUCAAUACCGCAUUGAACUUUCGCCCAACAACAGGGCAGGAUGCAAAGACUCCGUCUGUUCCAAGGAGCAAGUCAAGAUCCUUAAAGGAGAGAUGCGAUUUGGCAGCUGGGUGGAAGUCAAAGACCAUGGAAGCUGGGCCUGGAAGCACUGGGGCUGUGUUUCGGGAGCGCAGCUGGUCAACCUGAAGGAGGCGUGUGAUCUUGGUGAUGACAAGUAUGACUUUGAUGCCAUUGAUGGAUACGAUGAAUUGAGCGACCCGGAAAUCAAGGAAAAGGUUCGACGAUGUGUAUUGCAGGGCCACAUUGAUGCUGAGGACUUCAAAGGCGAUCCUGAGAAAAACAAGCCUGGGGAGAAGGGCAUUCACCUGACCGCUAAGCAGAAGGCCGCUCUUCAGGCUGCCAAAGAUGACUCCGAGGAGGAUGCUAAACCGGCCAAAAAGUCUGCCAAGCGUGGUCGCAAGAAGGAUGACGAAGAGGAUGAGCCCAAGGCGAAAAAGUCCAAGACUGCGAAGGCAGGAAAGGCAGACAAAGCCACUCCCGCAAAGGGUGCCCGUGGGAAAAAGGCAGCCGUCAAGGAAGAGAGCGAGGACGACGAUGAGGCACCAGCGGCAGCUAAGAAGGCUAAAGCUACUCCGGCAAAGAGUGCUCGUGGCAAGAAAGCCGUUGUCAAGGACGAGAGCGAGGAAGAUGAAGAAGAGGCCCCCGUGUCAGCCAAAAAGGCCAAGGCUACCAAGGCUAAGGCUACUCCUGCGAAACCGGCAUAUAAAAAGGCACCUGUCAAAGACGAGAGCGAAGACGAAGAAGAAGAGGUUUCCGUACCAGCCAAAAAGUCCAAAGCCACCCCAAAGGCUGCCAAAGCUUCCGACGCCAAGGCAACAGGGAAAGCUCGUCGCAAGUCAGCUCACAAGGCUACGGCUGACGAAUCGGCUGAGGAGAAGGCUGCUCCAAAGGCAAAGGGUCGACGCACCAGCCGCUCAAGUAAAGCUUGA